AUGCUAAUCAUUUGGAAAGCAAUAGCAACUCUUCAUGAUACUUUCAAUCAUUCUACAGCACUUUUAUUUCUACUCAUAUUAGCAUUAACUGUCAAUGAUGCUUUUUCUUCAGUCAUCAAGCAAAAACGAAAGCCUUGUAAACGAACAGCUUUCAAUAGACGUACUACAAAUUAUCGUUCUUGGAGAGAACAAAUGACCGUUUGUGAAUUGCUUGAUAAUUAUGAUCCUACUGUACGUCCAUCUGGAAAAAUGUCCACAUAUGAUCAAAGAGGACCCGUAAUUGUGUGGACAAGCUUAGAAAUUCGGUCUAUCAGUGCAAUAAGUGAACGAAAUAUGGAAUUUGUUGCACAAUUUCGUUUUCAACAAGAAUGGUUUGAUGAUCGGUUACGAUUUACUGAUUAUAGCGAUUUUCGUAGUUUUGAUUUUAUUCAUGUUGCUCGAGAUCAAGUGCUUUGGAUUCCCGAUACAUUUUUUCAAAAUGAACGAAACGGAUGGUAUCACAUGCUGGACCAGGAAAACAAGUUUAUCAAAUUGCGAUCUGAUGGAAAAGUUAUUUAUAACAGAAGAUUGACGUUAAUACUAUCAUGUCAAAUGAAUUUAGUACGAUAUCCGAUGGAUGUUCAAGAAUGCCUUAUCGAUUUCGCCAGUUACGCUUACACUACAAGUGAUAUUAUUUAUAAAUGGGAUCAUUCUGCUAUAACAAUUGAUAAAGCUGCCAGUAAUGCACUGCCAAAUUUUCGAAUUGAUGCUUUCAAAAAUAAAUCUUGCGAUAGUGUUACGAAUACAGGAAUAUAUAGUUGUCUUCGUGUAGAAUUGAAGCUAAGUCGAGUUUUUUCAUUUUUUCUUCUCCAACUUUAUAUUCCUUCUACGAUGCUAGUCGGUGUUUCGUGGGUAUCUUACUGGAUUGACUGGAAAAGUACCGCCGCACGUGUGCCUCUUGCCAUUGUUACGCUGCUCACUAUGAUCACGCAAUCUCAUGCAAUUAAUUCAAAUUUGCCUCCUGUAAGUUAUACAAAAGCUAUUGAUAUAUGGAUUGGUGCUUGUGUAGUGUUCAUAUUUGCAUCUCUAAUCGAAUAUGCAAUUGUAAAUUAUAUGGGCAUUCUCGAUGAACAUCGAAAUGCACGGAGAGUAACAUCAAAUGAAACACGUCUUGCUAAUGUGAUUGAUAACGGUUUUUUGUAUAACACUACAGAACGUAUUAUUACUUCUUCUGCUUCUAUAUUAAGUAUUUCUAAAAAUAAGAAUUUUUUGCGGAGUCGACGAAAUCAGUAUUUUGAUUCAUGUGACGAAGAAUAUGAAUUAAUGGGUAUUAAUACACGUCAAAUGACGACUGCCUUAGAAUCUCAGUGGAGAUUUAAUGAUGUAUCAGAUUUGGUGUGUAGACGACGAAGAAAACACGUUGAAUUAGUGCGUUGGUGUAGUUUGUUAUCAUCACGUGGACGAGCAGAAAGAAUUGAUAUAUUAGCACGGUAA